AUGUCAAGUGGCCUGCGGCCUUCCGGUGGUGAUGCUGAAACUCGGCUAGUAUAUCGAUUUCUGGAUUGUGAUCUUGUUGAAAACUCUCUCUUUCUCCUUGACCGCUUGCAUGCCCAGAGUCCCGAUAACAAGAGCUGGGUCCAUCUACGCUCACUGUGCUGUCUGCGUCUCGCCCGCUAUGCCGCCGCGCACGAAUACAGUCAGCACGAGGCCAUCCAUGGCAAGCAUAUUGGCUGCGCGUAUGUAUUUGCUCAAGCAUGUCUGGAGCUCAAGCUGUACCGCGACGGGAUCUUCGUGCUGGAGAGAGUGCUGCACUCAAGUAUGGAGCUCAAAAUUUCAGCAUCUGUGGAAAGGUUUGUCCCUGAUAAAGCGGCAUUGAGCUGUCUCCUCGGCAAACUGCAUAGAGCCAACUCCGAUCUGCGAAAUGCGGCCGAUGCCUACGCCCAGGCCCUGCAAGCAGAUGCUUUUAUGUGGGAUGCUUUUACUGAUCUCUGCGACAUGGGCGUGACUCUUCACUUGUCAAACAUCUUCCAGCCCAAGUCACCAUUAGCCCAAACCCCGGGAGCAUCAGAGAUUAUACAUGCGCCAGUAGAGACAGUCUCUUCGUUUGGCGAUAGGAAGGAAGAGAUGAAAGAUCCGGAGCGCAUGGUUGUCUCGUCCAUUGUGUCUCCGCCUAAAGCUCUGUCGCCUGCCAAACGAAAACAGGACGCAGCAGCUAGUGCCUUUCCUCCUGAGUGGCUGGCUUUGCACUCGAACGAUACCGCGCCAGCUAGUAAUCUCAAGCCUCUGUGGCCGAGUGCCCGUUCGAGCCCAUAUUUGUUGUCUACCCGUGGGAAGAUUGGUGGCAGCGCACGGCAGUCGCGCGUCAUACUUGAGCCGACAUCUCGAAAGACGCGUCCUGACAAAGGAGCAAGACUAUCGCAACUACAGACGCCGACAACUUCACAAGAUUGCAACAAGAGGCAUGAUGACUUGAUGACACCUGAUACAGCCCAGGGAUUUCUACUUACACCUGCUCAAAUCGAAGAACGGAAGCCUCUGCACGACUUGUUUUCUACAAUCGGAACAGCAUACUACCAUUUGCAGCGCUUUCAGCCACGCCUUUGUCUCAAUGCCUUUGCCACUCUUCCCGCGGAGCAGCAGGCGACUCCAUGGAUACUCGCCAAGAUGGCACGGGCACACUACGAAAUGAUGGCCUACGAGGACGCCAAAUGGGCCUUUCAAGCUCUACGCGCCGCUUCGCCGUCAUGGGUCGAGGACCUUGAAGUGCUUGCCGCCACGCUAUGGCAUCUUAAGGACGAUGUUCAGCUCUCCUAUCAAGCCCACGACUUAGUUGACAGCCACUACCUGUCGCCACAGUCGUGGUGCGCCGUCGGCUGCGCCCUGUCGUUGGAUGGGCGACCCGAAGACGCCAUUGCGAGCUUCCUGCGCGCCACACAACUACGGCCGCAGCUCGCGCGUGCGUACUCAUUCCUUGGCUGCGAGUACCACGACUGCGAGGCGUAUGACAAGGCAAGCCGUGCGUUUCGGCGCGCCCUCCGCAUUGAUGUCCGGCACUACCCGGCGUGGGUCGGCCUCGGCCGCGUGCAGGAGAGGCUUGGCGCGCCGGAGCGGGCGCUGCGGCACUACCUCGCGGCGCAAAAAGUCUUUCCCGACAAUGGAGUAGUUUUGACCAAUAUAGCUAGGGUCUGCGACGAGCUGGGCAUUCCCGAGCUCGGGCUACAGUUCAUUCGCCGCGCGCAGGUCAGCACGCCCAUGCGACUCGCCGUCUUCACCGAGGUGCAGAUGGCCAAGCUCCUCCUCAGGGUCAAGGAGCCGGAAGACGCGGCCGAGGCGCUGAAUGCGGCCCUGGAGAUGGCGCCCGACGAUGCCGAGAUUCACCUUCUCCUCGGCAGAACCGUCAUGGAAGCGGGGAGGCCGGACCUGAAGGAGGUGCUGCGACGGUUUACGGUUGCGCUGAGCCUUCGUCCUCAUAGCAGGGUCAUCAAAGAGGCCCUUGAUGAGUUGGGGUCUCCUCGUAAGACACGCAUCACUCCGUGGAACACCUCCUUCUUCAACUUUUGGCCAGCGCAUUGUUUCCCCCCCUCCUCUCGCGCAAGCAUGUCGCACAAGGGAAAGAACAGUGCCAGCUCGGGCAAGGGCAAGAAGCCCGCUAAAUCGGGUGCCGAAAGCAAGGGCGAGGAUGUCUUGCAGGCGGUAAUCCUCGCCGAUUCGUUUCAAGACAGAUUCAAGCCGUUUACUGUCGACAAGCCAAGAUGUCUUCUUCCGCUUGGCAACACGCCGCUGAUCGAAUACACCCUUGAAUUCCUAGCGAUGAACGGCGUCCACGAAGUCUACCUAUACUGCGGCGCCAAUACCGACGCCGUCGAAGAGCACAUUAACCGCUCGCGAUGGUCUACGGCUUCGAAAUCGUCGCCGUUUUCCCUUAUCCAGUUCAUCCGCGUCGCGGACGCACGAUCCGCGGGUGACGUCCUCCGCGAUCUCGAUACGCGGUCCCUCGUCGACGGCGACUUCAUCUUGGUGCACGGCGACCUCGUGUCGAAUCUGAUGCUCGACGAGGUGCUCGCGGCGCACCGGCGUCGGCGAGAGGAGAGCGCGCUCAACAUCAUGACGUGCGUGCUGCGCAGCGGCGGGCAGGACGCGCACCGCACCAAGCCCAGCGGCCUUACGCCCGUCUUCGUUGUCGACAACAAGACGCAGCGCUGCCUGCACUACGACGAGAUGAGCCCGCUUGGCGGCGAUCACUACGCGCUGCUCGACCCGGCCAUCCCCGACGAGCUCUCGACCGACUUUGACGUGCGCGCUGACCUGAUCGACGCGCAGAUCGACAUUUGCACCCCGGAGGUGCUGGCGCUGUGGUCUGAGAGCUUCGACUACGAGCUGCCCCGGCGGAAUUUCCUGCACGGCGUUCUCAAGGACUGGGAGCUCAACGGCAAGCAAAUCUACACGCACAUUGUCGAGGACGGCUACGCCGCCCGCGCGAGCAAUCUGCAAAUGUACGACGCCGUCAGCCGCGACGUUCUCGGCCGCUGGACCUUUCCGUACAUUCCUGAGAAUAACCUUUCUCCCAAGUCGGCAUAUCAGUCGCACCAUAAUAACGUCGUGAUCGAGCAGAGCGCGUGCCACGCCUCGAGCGCGCGCCUGCGCAACUCGAUAAUUGGUGCCAACACCACCAUUGGCGCCGGCAGUACCGUCGCCAACUGCAUCAUCGGCAGCGACUGCGUUGUCGGUGCCGGUGUCACCCUCACAGACUCGUUUCUCUGGAACGAAGUGUCCGUCGAUGAAAACGCCACCGUCACGCGGGCCAUUCUCGCUGACGGCACAAAGGUUGGCAAAAAUGCCACCGUUUCCCCCGGCGCGCUCCUCUCCUUUGGCGUGCACAUUGGCGACGGCGUCGUUGUGGCUGAAAAUACCGCUAUCUCUGCGCUCUCGCCCCUCGGCAAGCCCGUCACCUCAGAUACUGCCCUCGUCGGUCCUGACGGCGUCGGCGCCGCCUUUCACGACCCAGAGCUCGACGAGCUCGAGGACGAUGAUCCCGCGCGCCUGCAGCAGUCACUGAUCUACUCCAUGGCUGGCUUCAACGUUUCGACAUCAUCGGUGUCAACGCUCGCGUCCGACACGUACUCAAGCGACGGUAGCGAGCCCGCCUUUGGUGAGGAGCCCGACCCCGAGGCUGCCGGUAAGGAGUCUUUCCACGCCGACGCCGUUCACGGCUUGCUCGACGCGCUGCGCGCCGCCUCGGGCGACUUUGACUCGGCCAAACUCGAAUUUAUGGGUCUGCGCCUCGCCAACAAUGCCUCGGACGACAUGAUGCGGCGGGCCGUCGCCACGGCCUUUGCGCGCCGCGCGGCGGAGCUCGCCGCCCCCGGCAAUGGCACUCCGCUUGAACCUAGCAAGGCGGCGGAGACGGCGCUGACAGCGCGCGCCGGUGCCGUCAAGUUUGUGGACGAGGUGGGCGUCGGCGGCGGCGAGCCGGAGCAAGUUGCGUUCAUCCUGGCAACGCAGACGGCGCUGUGCGAGGUGACGGCGGCAAAGGAGAAUGGUGGCAUCGAUGCGGCGAGGGCGGGCACGGUGCUGGCGGCGCUUAUGCAGCAGCUGUACGCGCUCGACGUGCUCGAGGAGGACGGCAUCCUGGCGUGGUGGGCGGAUGAGCGAGCGGCGGACGGAGAGGACAUGACGGCGCUGCGGGAUAAGUGCAGAGUGCUAGUGGAGUGGUUGGAGAAUGCGGAGGAGGAGGACGAUGAGAGUGAGGAGGAAGAUGAUGACGACGAUGAUGAUGAGUAA